AUGAAACGUGUUACACUUUAUUUUAAUGAGAAUUUAUCAUUGUUUACCACAAAUAUUGUUGAUUUUACAUGUUUAUUUCUAUGUAUAUUGGGUAUUAUUGGAAAUACUAUCGGUAUUGUCAUUUUUUCAUCAAGUCGAAAAUUUCGACGUCAAACAAAUUAUUCUUAUUGGGCUAUUUUAAGUUCCAUUGUUAAUUUAUUAUGUGUUUUACGCUAUUUCACUUUAUUACAUUCUAUUACUCGACAAUGGUUAACUAAACAAGUUAGUCAGUAUUUGUUUUUCUGUAAGUUUCAUGAGACAUUAACAUGUUUAAGACUUCUUUCAUCAUGGAUUACUGUUUUCUGGAUUUUUGAACGUUUUUCAAAUAUUUCUACUAUAAUGCAAUAUUUAAUAUUUAAUCGAUGUUGGCUAAAAAUGUAUAAGCACUAUUUUAUGGCUUUGUUUGUAAUCAUCGUUAUAACGAUCGUCACUGGACCAACUGUUUAUUUAUUUCAAACGCAGUUUAUCAGUAACAAAACUGCAGAAAACAAUACAAAACCGUAUUUUAGAACGGAAAAUUUACCUGCAAUAGCUGUAGAUUAUCCCAAUGAAACGAUUCCAGUAUCAACCACAACUGUCAAAGUUGUCUCUUGCCUAAUGGAAUGUAGCUUAAGUCACAAUUUAUCGUCAAAAUGGCAAAAUUAUUUUCAAGAUGUAAAUAUUGGAUUUAAUUAUCACACUCUUCGUUGUCUAUUUUCCGAAUUAAUUCCAACUGCUGUUGUUCUUGUGUUGAAUUUAGCAAUUGUUUAUCGAAUUAUUCAAACAACAGACUUCGGUCCAAUUGAAUCUUCAACAUAUGAUCAAAAACGUCGUAGGACGGGAUCAAGAAUGAUGAAUAUCAUUCUUAUAUUACACAGUUUCCUCUAUCUCAGCUCGUUACUAACACAUAUUGCUGCUCACUGGUUAACACCUGAAGCUCAUGAGUCUCUUUGGGUAUCUCUUAUUAUUUUAAUGAGUUGUUCUCUCAAUUUUUAUGUUUAUUGUGCAAGCGGAAAAAUGUUUCGAAAUGAAAUUCGCCGCCUGCUUCGUCCAUGCUGUCGAAUUUUUUUUUACUGUCAUCGGCGUCGAACGCCACGCUCGCUAGGGAAUAUAAAACAUUUUCAGUGA